CGUGCCAGAAAGUCCUCUCAGUCUGAGCGGAGACGUGGAAAGGGCUCUGAGCCGAUCACUCAUCCGCUGUCCUCCAUCAAACGGGGUGAACAAGGGGAUAAGAACUGUGGCGAAUGGCCACAGGGACAAGGACCAACACACAAGAACACCCAAGCACGAGUCUCCGUAGGAGGGACAGCUGGUACCGGCCGGCCCUGAGGAAACAGGUCCCAGGUCCGCCAGAACUCCCUGCGGCAGCCGGCGCGCUCCAGUUCCGCUUCCGCGGGCAGGUUCACGCCGGCGGCCUUCCCUCACGCGCACGCUCCGGGGUAGAGGCGGAGAACGGAAGGGCGGGGGCGUGGCGAAGCGCCGGCUCGGUUGUCUCGGGCGCCGGGCGCAGGAGGCGGGGGCGCGCGCGCGUGCGCGGCGCUGCCGGCUGCGUACAGUAGUGACGGCCGCGCGGGAGCGGUCACAUGACCGUAGCGGCUGCCUGUACAGUAAGAACCCAAUAUGGCAGCGGCGGUCGCAGUAGCAACGGCAGCAGGAGGACCGGCCGCCCCAUAGACCCCCCCCGCGCAGCACCCCCGGCCGCUUCCUCUGCUUGGGCGCUCCUCCGGCCUGACUUCCCUUUUCUCCCACCUUUCCCGACACUGCGGGAAAAAAAUAAAAUAAUAAUAAUAAGAAAUAAAACCAGCGCAGGGCAGAGCAGGCAGGGAGGGCGGCCGGAGCCCGGACUCGGGAGCCUCCCAGUCAGUUCAAGACCCGACAUGAGGGAAAAGGGCCGUAGGAAGAAGGGCAGGACCUGGGCGGAGGCCGCCAAGACGGUCUUAGAAAAAUAUCCUAAUACACCCAUGAGUCAUAAAGAAAUUCUUCAAGUUAUCCAGAGAGAAGGACUCAAAGAAAUCAGUGGGACAUCCCCUCUUGCAUGCCUGAAUGCAAUGCUGCACACCAACUCCCGGGGUGAAGAGGGCAUCUUUUAUAAGGUGCCAGGUAGAAUGGGAGUGUAUACUUUGAAGAAAGAUGUGCCGGAUGGGGUCAAAGAGCUUUCAGAAGGCUCAGAAGAAAGCAGUGAUGGGCAGUCUGACUCGCAGAGUUCUGAGAAUAGCAGCAGCAGCAGUGAUGGUGGCAGCAACAAGGAGGGGAAAAAGAGCAGGUGGAAAAGGAAAGGAUCAUCUAGACUGUCGCAACCAUCCUCCCCCCAGUCAGGCUGCCCAUCACCCACCAUUCCAGCAGGUAAAGUCAUUUCUCCAUCACAGAAGCACAGCAAGAAGGCACUGAAGCAGGCUCUAAAGCAGCAACAACAAAAGAAACAGCAGCAGCAAUGCCGGCCCAGCAUGUCCAUCUCCAACCAGCAUCUCUCCCUCAAGACUGUCAAAUCAGCUGCUGACACUGCACCUGCCAAACCUGCAGUUUGGGAAGGAAAGCAGUCUGAUGGACAGUCACACAGUCCCCAGAACUCAAGCUCCAGCUUUUCUUCUUCAGUCAAAGUGGAAAAUUCCUUGCUAGGCUUGGGGAAGAAGGCUUUCCAGCGGUCUGACAGGCUCCACACAAGGCAAAUGAAAAGGACUAAAUUUGCUGACAUUGAUGUUGAAACACCAGACUCCAUUCUCGUUAAUACCAAUCUGCGAGCACUGAUCAACAAGCACACUUUCUCAGUCCUUCCUGGAGAUUGCCAACAGCGGCUACUGUUACUGCUUCCGGAGGUAGAUCGACAGGUUGGUCCAGAUGGUUUGCUAAAGCUCAGUGGCUCAGCGCUUAAUAACGAGUUCUUCACGUCAGCGGCACAAGGCUGGAAGGAACGGCUCUCAGAAGGUGAGUUUACUCCCGAGAUGCAGGUGAGGAUUCGACAAGAGAUUGAGAAGGAGAAAAAAGUGGAGCCAUGGAAGGAACAGUUCUUUGAAAGUUACUACGGUCAGAGUUCUGGUCUGAGCCUUGAAGACUCAAAGAAGUUGACUGCUUCCCCAAUUGAUCCCAAAGUCAAGAAAAUCCCAGCUGAGCCGCCCAAAACCACCUUUCCUGCAGAGACCUCUCCCACCAGAACAGUCUCCACGGCUCCCCAGUCAGAGUGUAAGGAAGAAGCAGUGUCCACACCAUCACCAGUCAAAAAGGAACAGCCCGAAAACCAAGAUGAGGGGCAGCCUAGCCUCGUCCUGUGCCCGGAGCCACUGCUUCCCCCGGCUGGCAGCACCACAGCAGAGGAGCCAGGCUGCAUGCUCCCCACCCAGGGACCCAAAGAUGAGCCGGUCCUGGAGCAGAAGCCAGUGGCGUCUGCCCAACAGGAGUCUGAGAAGGAUAAUCAUCUCACCCCUGUUCCUACUUCCAAUGAGAGUGAAAGCCACGACACUUCACUUACAUCCCCAAGCAAGCCCAAGAGUCCUGGGGUAGAGAAACCUCUGCUGAAGCCCACGGUAGAAGCAGGUCUGCAAGAGACCCCUGCGACAGAAUCCCCAGCAGCUCUUAUUGAUCAGAGCCCUGAAAGCCUCAAGAGGAAAUGCCUCAGUCAGGAGGAGGCCCCUGCGAGCUGGGAAAAGAGGCCACGGGUCGCUGAGAAUCGCCUGCCCCAGCCAUUUCUGGCCUCGCCCCAGCCCUUUCUCAGCAGAGGAGACAGGGUUCCUGUGCGCAGGGUACCACCUCUCAAGAUCCCGGUCUCCAGACUCUCCUGCUUGCCGUUUCCCCCGUCGCAGGUCUCUCCCAGGGCUCGAUUUCCCAUCUCCAUCACUAGUCCCAACAGAACAGGGGCCAGAACCCUGGCAGACAUCAAAGCCAAAGCCCAGCUGGUCAAAGCACAGAGGGCAGCUGCUGCUGCAGCCGCUGCCGCCGCCGCCGCCGCCACUGUUGGUGGGACCAUCCCUGGACCCGGCCCUGGGGGCGGACAAGUCUCGGGAGAAGGAGGUGAAAGGAAAGAUGCAGGAGGAGGGAGUCCAGGCCCAGACAGAGCCCAUGAAAGUGGACCAGGCCACACCGUGGAGCUGGCAGGAGCUGGAGGCAGGAGAGGUACGGGAGAGCUUUUACCCUGUGCUCCAGAGAUUCAGCCCCAGCCUGUGGCCAAGACCCCAGGCCAGACCCAGCUUCCUAGUGGCCCUGGAACACAACUACAGCAAGCCCCCUCAGUGCCUCCAACACCUGUCCCCAGUGGAGCAGGACCAGGUGCCCCCUCUCCAGCCCACAGAGAGAGACUGAGCAGUGAAAAGCUCCAGCCCACCAAGGCAGCAUCCACAGUGGCCUCUCUUAGUCACCCCACAGGGCCCAGUAAUUGUAGACAGGAAAAGGCCCCUUCUCCUCCACCACCAGGUCCUACUCUACUCCCAGGGGCUUCCCCUGUUCGAUUUGCAGCUGAUGGCACUGUUGAGUCCAAAGCCAAUUCCAGUGAGAAUACACCAAACCCUUCAGCCUUGACCAAGGUAAAUGCCAGUGCCCCGGUGGCCACAGCUCCCACCCCUGUUGCAGCUUUAUUGACAACAGCCACUUUAGAGAAGCUCUCGGGCUCCCAGGUCAGUGUGACCACAGCUCCUCCUGGGUCAGCUCCUUCCUUAAGCACUUCGCCAGCAGCUUCUAGCCUUAAACCCCCAGGAACUUCCUUAAAUGCCAACGGCCCCAUUUCACGAUCAAGCUCUAGUAUCCCUGCUAAUAAUCCUCUGGUUACUCAGCUGCUUCAGGGCAAAGAUGUGCCCAUGGAGCAGAUCCUGCCUAAACCUCUCACCAAAGUUGAAGUGAAAACGGUCCCCAUGACCACAAAAGAGAAGGGCAUAGGGCUAGUCCCGGGCAGCACCAUGAGAGAAAGUAGCACCAGAGAGGAAGUCCACGCGCGACUGGUGCAUCCAGCUGUGCAACAGCUGGGAAGCACUUUGCAGAGUAAGCCACUCCCCCAGGGCCCCAGGCCGCUGCAGCUCUUGCCACCGAAGGACCUGAGGGACUUGAGCAUUGACACACAUCAGUACCAGGAAGGACUCAGCAAAGCAACCCAAGAUCAGAUCCUGCAGACUCUGGUCCAGAGGAUGCACAGGCAGAAUAUUCUCUCAUUUGGGCCCCCCUCCCAGUUCAGCUUCCCCCACUCAGGUUUCCAGCUGAAAGACAUCUCUACAAGCCAGAGGUUCAUGCUGGGCUUUGCUGGCAGAAGGACAUCCAAGCCUGCCAUGGCGGGCCACUACUUACUGAAUGUUUCAACCUAUGGCCGUGGUUCGGAGAGCUGUAGGAGGGCUCAUUCUGUAAACCCCGAAGACCGUUUUUGCCUCAGUAGCCCCCCUGAAGCCUUAAAAGUGGGGUAUGCAGAUGGUAAAAACGCAACAGGCGAUGACAGCAGCGGCAAAGAGGAUGACACUGAUGAGGAAAGUACGGGUGAUGAGCAGGAGUCUGUAGUGGUGAAGAAGGAGCCCCCGGCCCCCCAGAGCUCCGACCAGGGGGACGUGAGUUCGGGACCGCCCAGGAGGGAUAUGUCUAUCAGCUCAGCCAGCCGGGGUGUGAAGGCCGAGGCACCAGCGAGCGAGCAAACUGCUUCGACCAAGGAGAGUUACCUGUUCUCCAGAGGCCAGGCCUUUGAUGAGAAGACUCUGGCCAGGGAUUUUAUUCAGGCAGCACAGAAGCAAGUGGUUCAUGCAGUGAGAGGGAAGACGAUGCGGGGCAGCCCUGAGGUUUUCAGUUCUGCCCUGCCUCUGCCUGCUGACAGUCCCACCCAUCAGCCUCAGCGCCUUCCCCCGCUGCAAACCCCAAAGCUGUAUGGAAGUCCCACACAGCUCGGGCCAAACUACAGGGGCAUGAUCAAUGUCUCCACCUCUCCUGACAUGGACCACAAUGCUACUGUGCCAGGUAGCCAGGUAUCUAGCAACGUGGGUGACGUCAUGUCCUUCUCGGUGACCGUCACAACCAUCCCUGCUGGCCAAGCAAUGAAUCCCAGCAGCCACGGGCAGACCAUCCCCGUCCAGGCCUUUCCAGAAGAGAACAGUCUUGAGGACACGCCUUCGAAAUGCUACUGCCGAUUGAAAGCCAUGAUCAUGUGCAAGGGCUGUGGAGCUUUCUGCCAUGAUGACUGCAUUGGCCCCUCCAAACUCUGUGUCUCCUGCCUUGUUGUUCGGUAAUGAGACCGGAAAGGUGCACGCUGUCAGGGUGGGGGCGGGGACAGGCUGCUAAGGUGUGCUUUUGGGGUCCUUUGGGAAUCACAAACACUUCGGUUUCAGUUGUCGUAUCAGACAAAUGCUAAUCAGGAAUACAGAAUGCAGGUCUUUUUUUUUUUUUUUUUUUUCCAAUUUAAAGGAAGAGCACCUUGUAUAGUUAAGUCUGAGUCAAGCAAGACUAUGAAUCUGUGACAAGUUUGCACUUAGAAAAUCAUGUAAAUAUGUCACAUUUUUGUUUAACAUUGUUUUCUCAGCGUUUAGGUAAUAAUGCGUUGCUUUGAAUUCAGAUUUAUGUUCCACUUCACGUGACUCUGAGAAAAGCUGACUAUCCCACACAUUACAAGCAAACUGCCUCCCUCCGACCUGGGCUGAGAGAGGCCCAGGAAAGCAGUGAGGAAGGGACAGGUGGGCUUUACAAAUGACCACAGGCUAGAAGUGUGUCUUGACAUGCUGGCUACAAGUUGUACAGAGAUAUUGCAGCCUUUACAGGAUUUGGGUUCAGGCUCACACAGCCCCUUUGUCUUAGACAGAAGCUGUUCAAGUUGAUGUUUUUGUUGAGGCCUUAAUCUCUCAGGCAGCGUUUCAGACCCUGGAAGCUCCGGCUUGCUCUUGGCUUCAGUCAGCCCUGUCAGCGUCUCCCCUAUGCCCACCCCGUCCCCACCCUGCUCUUGGUAGGCACUGGCCACAGUGGCCAGCACCCUGCCAUUCCCUAACCCUGCCUCUCCACCCUGUGAUGAGAGUGGCUCCACAGACCCUGUGUAUGACUGUAGCCUGCACAGGGCCGUGAUUCCAGCAGUAAGAGCUGCGCACCUGGGGCUUUUACAGACAGGUUUGAAAUACGCGGGCAAAACAGCCAGAGAGGAGUGAGUGAUCAGGUAACUUGAACUAUGUCUUGUUCAGUAUAGGGAAUAACUGCAUAGAUGGUUAAACUGAGCAGAAAGAACUCAGGAAAACAGUUUUAACACUCAGAACAAGGUAGCCUGUCUUUUCCUCUUCUGUCCCAACCCAUUAGCUGAUGCUGUGUAGUUGCAGGUGGAAAAGCUCCGUAACACCACACUGACUCCUUCGCUUCAACCUGUUUUGCCUCCCAAGGUGUCCAAGGAUGGAGCAGUCUUACUUCAUCUUAGGCUAAACACAUGUACAUGCCCCCACACACAGUGCAGUUUCUGUUUUAGCCUGUGUGUGACCUGGUUUGGAUCACUGCUACCUGCGCUAGAAACGUCUUACAUAAAGGGGACUCGGUGAACGGCUACAGAAGUGUCUGAAAGGAAGAAAAGUUGGCUAUAAAACUUUGCUGAUUUUUGUUGUUUUGGGGGGGUAGGGUGCUUUUCUUACUGUUUUUCAAAUCCUUUUUAGUAGCUGAAGAAUUUUGGAGUACAUAUUACUUAGGUCCUGGUUACAGAAGAUUAAAAUAAACUUACAGUUUACCAGACUUUGGUACUAAGUAGGAGAUUGUCAACUUGUACCAUGUGCAUAGUAAUUUCAAGUCUCCUAAUUUGAAAUGUGUAAAAAUACUAGUGCAAGAUAGUGCAGAUGUAUUUGUACUUAAUUUUCAGGGUGUGAUAUUUACAAAAUGUGGAACAGUUUAAACUCAUGAUAGAGUCACAUUCCAGGUUAGGAGAGCAUAAGCAAUAACAAUAAUAACCUAUGGUUUGCCCCAUUCUGCUCCCUGCAUCAUAUCCACUUCAAAUCCUCCCCCCCCCCCCCCCCUGCAAAUCCCUGUUCCAAAGCCGGAAGAAACUUACUCUCCUGAUUCUCGUUUUUCUUUUCCAGCUUUUUUUUGUGUGUCCCAAGGCAAAAAGAAGAUCUGUAUCCCGGUUUCAGCCAGGCAGUACGUCCUUCUGUCUUCCCUUUUUCCUCCAACACACACAUAGCGUGGUUGUCAUCAGAAGGGUAGGGAGUCAGCUUAGAGCCAAGAACCACAAGGAAACAGGAACUGUGGUUAUGCUGCCAAACUGGUUGGUGCCUGGGUAAGCUAAGUGGGGUUUUGAAAGGCCCCUUGCUGGGUCAUGCUUCCUACACAUCUGGCCCUUUUGCUCCUCACCUCAGCAGCUGUGCAGCCUAAAGGGGCCUGGGUGUUUCAGAACGGACCCUGUUGCCAAGUGUCAGCUGCCAGUUUGGAUGGAUUAAAGUGACGUAACUUUUCUUCACUCCUGUUUCAUCAGAAAAGCAGAUCUCCCCAAAUCCCCUUGUCUGAGAACAGAUAGGCUGUGAUCCAGAAAGGAGGAACAGUGGCAGGAUCUUCUGGGCCAAUUAGAGAGCAGACCACAUCGUGCCUCACUUGCACUAGACCCAGGCUUUUGCACUUGGGUCCUUAGCAUUGCUGUUCGCAAAUUCUCUCUAAGAAUACUCAGCUGGUACGUGCUGACUGCCCCUGAACAGAAAUUAGCUGCUGGGCACUGUCUUAACCAGAGGAGAAAACCAUUAAGGACCUGUUAGACUGUGUCAAAUUGAUACCAGUGAUUUCAUCGUUUUGUUUCAAGACAGUGACUUUUAGAAAGUCAUUCAUCUCAUAAACUGAACUGGGAAAAAUAUUACAAUCUGGCCCUUCAGAAAGUGAAGCGGUGGAAAUAAGAAAACUUUUAAGUGAGCAAGUGUGGUCCUCAGGGACCUUCACAACACUUU